CGUAGAUUUUCUUGGCUCGGGACGUCGGUGAUCGAUAUAGUGUUUUUCGCAUUUUCUCCAGAAUCGUCUAGAUUCUUUUCAUUUUCCCGAGAACAGGAAAUUCCCGUUGACGAAUACAUAGUUCCGAUCUUUCCUUUGACGCGACACGACGUAAUUAUGUUACGGGCUUGUGUCAAUUAUCGUGAAUAGUGGGUAAUCGUAUAGUUUCGGAGUCGCAGUAUUACCGUUUUCCAAGGUCUUGUAAAAAUAUCGCAGUUAUGGAGAUACUAAGUUCGCAGGAGGAUUCACCGUACCGCAAAAAUCGAGUCGGUAAAACAACAGGCAGGUUGAUCUCGUAGAAGAGGAUUCGUUCUACCGAAAGCUUCUUGGAAGACACCCUACUAAUAAUUUUCCAACAGUAUUUUGAACUCAUGCAACGAGUUACGAUCUAACGAAAACAAGUAACCAAAUCAAAAGGUAAAUAAACCGUCAAAUCGCGGAAGAAAGCAACUUUCAGUGAAUCACAAAAUGGGCUCUACGAGACAGCAAGAUAGAUCUCUUGGUAGUGGAAUAUCAUUACCGCAGUGGAUGAAGGGAAAAGUCGAUAAUAGAUUCGACUUCGACGAAAGUACGUUCAGCCCUCCAUCUCACGACGACAACUUUUUCUACAUACGGUAUCCAAAGUCACAGAGUACAUUGUCAAACCAGAAAGAGUUUCGGCCAAUCGACAAAGUUUUCGGGGAACAAAGCAUCGCUUCGUCGACGAAUAAUGUGAAGUCAGAGCAGCUCGCAACCGACGGGAAGAGAAGUCAGGAAAUCGAUUUUAGCAAGCAUCCCUUGCCUUGUCAACCAUUUGUACCGACUUCGACUAGCAAAGAAAUUCGACAUAUCUCGAAGACCUGGUCGAUCGGAAACGCGAAAGCGAAGUCUCAAGGGAUAGACGAUGGAUUUCACAGCGAGCCAGCGCUUUGCGGAAAAUCGAUCGUUCACGUAGCUAAUCAGAUGAUGUCCAACAAGUUCCAUAAGACGUUUGCGGCCGAGACGGCCGAGGAACCACUGAAGAAGGGCAGCAAGUCUUUGCCGGCUACUCCGUUGGCUUCGCCGAUCGGAAGCCCGGACAGCUCGCCGAAGGCUCGUAGACGUUCGAAUCGUUACUUCACGGGCCCUUUUCUACCCGAUCGCGAUAAGUACCAUGGCAGUUGGAUCUUGGCUAGCAUACUGGGACAGUCCAGAGAGAUCGUGACCACGAAGAUCGACGAGGAAGACGAGACUGGCGUGGACGCGCUUGCACCGCCACCUAGGUCGUUGAGUCGAAAGAAAUCCAUAUCGUCGCAGAAUCUCACUUACGUGGGAACCGACGAGAGGUCCACCGAAAAAUCGACCGUCUACUCGAAGGUGUUCCAAGCAAAGCCAUCGGAGUUAAGGGAAAUGAAUUUCUGGUCGCCGACAUCCAUGUGAACCACGUAUUUAUCCUCCGUACGUUUUAAUUUGUCACGAGUCCGUUCUUAGAAGGGAUGCUCGAAAGUAACUCGUUCGCGACACUAUCCACCGCAUUUUUCACGAGAUGAACGUUACACAAAUGAAAAAGAAAAAAAAGAAAAAGAAAGGAGAAGCAAAACUUUCUGUAUUAUUCGGUUCUGUCCUUGGAGUGUUUGUGUUGCAACAUGUCUUUCGAGCCCGCACGUUACCGUUUUAAUUCGCAGCUAUUGUAGUUGAUAUUUUAGCAAUGGUAUAUUCGUUAUCGCGCACAUAGUCGUCGUUGUUCGGAGAAGUCUCUCGGGCAAGAGCCAAUUUACGUAGACGCUUUCGACGUUCGUAGCUAUUGUACUAUAGACAACUAAAAACGAAUGGUCCGCGCGCUGAGAAAAUUUCUCAAACUUUGCAGCAGCAACGUCUAAUAUUCUAAUUAUUUUAUUUAAAUAAACGGCGUCGAUUACCGCUCGUAGCUAAUUGUUUGAUUUUAUUUAAUUUUAGAUAAUAUGAAUGGAAGGGAAGAGUAUAUCAUAUAGUAAAUGUACGUGUUUUUCGUCACAUUUGCACAGUAUGCGUGGGGAACAGAAUGCGUAAAAGAAUUGAAAAAUGACCAAACGCGUGUAAUGACGCGGCUCCGCGAUCGAUCGUCGUAGAGGAAAUUUUGUUUAACGAGAGGCUCGUAUACAAGUGAAUUGCGUGGGUACCAAAGUCUGGGUGGGAUACGUGUGUAUGUUUCCUGCAAUGUUAGCAUAUAACAUUUGCGAGCUAACUAUGAAUCCAAAAAUACUGGCGUCGGUGUACGCGAGCGGUUGAGCGUUGAAAUUUUUUGCAUCGAUGAUCGCUCGCGUGACACAGCUUUUCUACUUUCGAAAACGUAGUAACGACUACGGGAACCGAGCGAAAGUCGCGUUUCUUUGAUACAAUUGCUACAGCUGGGGCAUAGAAUUGGAUGCUGAAGCGUGUCGCGACAGUGCAGUAAUUGAGUCAAUAUAAAGUCGAGUUUGUGAAUAAAUACGACACACGAAGUGUUGCUGGGACAUCGCGAUAGUUCCAUACGCGACAGCAGGAACUAGCGAAUCGAUAAAUAAAUAAUUCGUGUUGCCGCGAAAUUGCUCGGUACUAUGAUCGACGGAAACAUACGAUUCGCGUAUUGUAUGAAAUUUUCUAAGGAGAUAAUAAAUCAAGGAAGCCUUUCACUCCGUCAGAGUUUUCAUUUUGUCGAAUCCUGAGGCCAGUGAUGGACUUUCGUUGGAUUUUCCUGAUCAUGCGCACUGGAGCGAGCGCCGAGUCCUCACUGUCGUAUACACUUAACUAGAAUGUAGGGUACCGUUGGAUCCCAGGAAGAAACAAAAUUUAAGAAAAUUACAGGGAAAGAGACAAGUUUUUACGAAGGAUAACAGCAUAAAUGUACAAUAAAAAAUGGAAAACAAUUCAUUAUUUAUUUAGUUUUUACGUGUGCAGCCGAUUUAUUAAAUCUGCAGAAAACCUUACCAGUAUUCGAACAAAAAUGUUGCACGUAAAAAUGAACGUGAAACACGCAAAUAAAUAAAGUAUACAAAA